AUGAUCGACAUCCCAGAGAUCCUCCAACAAAUCGCAUCCUACCUUGACACAACAUCACUCCUCGCCUGCACAACUGUCUCUCGUCAGUGGCGCAUCGACUUCACCCCAUAUUUUUGGCGUACCUUUAACAACUUUCAAGAGCCAUGGUAUCGCCUUGUCGAGUCUUGCAGUAGCGACAGCAGCAGCAGUAGCUGUCAUGCAGUCGGAGGAGCAGGAAGGUCGACUAGAGAGAGAUACAAGGACAGACAGGACCGACUUUCGAAUGUCAUGCGAGUUGGGCAACAGUACAUUCGACACUUGCUUGUCACGAGGGAGAUGGUCCUCAUUGCUGCACUCGAGGCCAAACUUACGGGACUUCUCUCGCUGACGCUCGAUUCUUAUACUUGGGAGCCGGACGAUGACGACGGUGGUAGUGAUGGCGACGACGAUGUCAGCAAUGGCGAUGACAGUGGCAACAAUGGCGAUGACAGUGGCAACAAUGACGUCAAUGAUACACGAAAGAUCUACUCGAGGAUGAAGGCACUAGGGUCUGACAGUUUGUGGGACAUUUCAGUACCAAUCGCGGCAUUCGACGGCAGUUCAGGAGGUGGAUCGAGUUUGACCUUGACUAGAGCUUUCUGGCGGCUAGUCCUCUUGAAUCCUAACUUGGGUCGACUUUGUCUCGAACGCGCUGAUAUCGAAGACGGGAUCCAUUCUUUCUCGAUUCAGAAAAAGGCGGGUGCCUCUCCUGUUUUGAGCUCGGCGGGACAGGAUUUCUUGCGAGGUGCAUUUUUGGGAUUAUGGCGACUUCAACAUCUGGAGAUGGGCCUGGAUGCCGACAAUUUCCUCCUCUGCAACCUCGCCACACUCCUGCCCAGUCUCGUAUCCUUUGUUCAUGUCGACAGAGCGACUUUCGACCCUGUGGUUCUUCAGCAGGCGCCAGCUCACAGUGUCCUCAAGGAUCUCAAAUUUAGAGAAGCAUCGAUGAUGCCAGGAGAGCUACGCGCGAUUGUUGUGGCUUUUCCGGCAUUAACCCGCCUCUCGAUUAAUGUGCCUCUUUGCCUCCUUGACAGCUAUGACGCCAACUUGACCAAGGCCACAACGGAUCGUGACAUCUUGGAGCACUCCUCUCUGAAGACUUUAGAGAUCGUGGGUCAGCCUUGCAUCGACAUCUUGCGCUGUCGAGUCAGGUUCCUUCGGAUCACAGAGCUCCGCCAUUCGGUUUUCGUACGCAACGCACAGGAACUUCAGCAACUCUUCUGGAUGUUUCCGGCGCUGGAGCGGUACGAAUCUAUGACUAGUGACGACAAUGCGACGAGGCCUCUGCGUAGGGAUGAGGGUGUUCGGGAGAGCAGGAACUACCCAAUUGAAAACUUGAUCCUCCACCCUGCAGACUUCCUCCAUCCGGUCUGGGAAUCUGCCGCCUUCGACCUCGGCUCCAUCAUCGCCCAGAUGCCAUUUCUGACCCAACUUUGGGUUUGCGGAGUAUGGGAUAGCGGACGCAUCAUGAUUGAGGUCGCUAGGAACUGCAAGAACAUCCAAGAAGUGGUCAUCGAUUUGAAGGAAGGAUAUACCCAAGGACUGAUCGACCUCUUUGUUGGAUGUCCAAAUCUGAGGACGUGCCGCGGAGCGGGACACGCUGUACUUGCAGAGGACCUGAUCGAGAGUGCCGAGUGGGUAUGUGUCGAACUGAGGGAACUGGAUAUCGGGAUUGUUGGUGUCCCUAGACUGACUGCGGCUCAGGAGGGUUUACUGAAGGGCAUCAGUGACCUUGACGCAGAACUGCUCACCUUCAUGAACACCAACACGCUCGGCAAUUCGAAUCAGGAGGAACCAGAUACAGAGGACAAGAUCGAACAGGUGCGGGAGAGAUUAUCGAAUCGUGGACAUGAGCUGACAGCGGACGAGGCCGAGGCAUUCGAGCAGCUGUGGAUCUCGCACAUGGUUCAGAGGAAGGUCUACAAACGACUGGCGCGACUGACUCGACUGCAGGAGCUGCACUUUACCUUGCGGGAGACUGCGAACAAGCCACGACGGAUGGACACCCUCGAGUUCACGCUGGAGUCUGGGCUUGCCGAGCUGGGUGCCUUGGAAGGAAUCAAAAAGCUCUCGUACGGGAAUGCGAACCGUAUGGUGUAUUCGAAGGAAACACAGUGGGUUUCGUCUCGCUGGUCGAAAAGUGUUUUGCCCAUGUUCCCCACCUGCCACCGCCCACCUAGGUUCAUGGUUAAGGCGAGAUAA